AUGGAGGGAUCUAUUUCAAGAUUUCUUCUUUUGGUCUUUAGCCUUCUAUCUGUAGUACAAGCCAUCGAUCCAUUCACCUAUGACAAUGACACUUUCAUUCUCCAUGGUGAGCCCUACCUCCUUCGUGGCGGCCAGAUGGAUCCGCAACACAUCCCCCACGAACUAUGGCCCGAUCGCCUAGAAAAGGCACGCGGCAUGGGUCUGAACACGAUUUUCUCUUAUGUAUUCUGGGAUCAGCUCGAGCCCACCCAAGGCUCGUGGGAUAACACCGGCAACAACGACAUCGCAAAGUACUUCCGUCUUGCACAGGAAAAGGGAUUGAAUAUAAUUCUGCGGCCAGGCCCGUACGUUUGCGCCGAACAUGAAUGGGGCGGUUUCCCAGCGUGGCUCAGCGAGAUUCCGGGGAUGGUUGUCCGCGACAACAACAAGCCUUUCCUGGAAGCCUCGAAAGCUUUCAUCAACCGCCUUGCAGAGGAGGUGGGUGAUCUUCAGGUCACUAACGGAGGACCCAUCUUGAUGGUCCAGAUUGAGAACGAGUAUGGAUCCUAUGGAAGUGAUCAUGAGUACUUGGGUGCUUUGAAGGAUAUAUUCACUGCUGCUUUCGACGUACCCUUUUACACGAAUGACGGUGGUUCCCAGGCAAUGCUCGAAGGCGGGCAGAUCUCAGGUGUCUUGGCUGAGACGGACGGUGACGUUUACGAUGGAUUCGCUGCUCGCGACAAAUAUGUUACCGAUCCAACUAGUCUUGGUCCCCAACUCGAUGGCGAAUACUAUAUCACAUGGCUCGAUCAGUGGGCAAGCAAUUAUACCCACAAGAGCAACGUCGGAGACAAGGAAGCGACGGAUAAAAUCACGAAAGAUAUAAAGUGGCUAUUGAAUAAUAACGGUUCAUUCAAUCUGUUCAUGUUCCACGGUGGUACGAACUGGGGAUUCCAAAAUGGAGCUGACUGGGCCGAUGCCCUGCAGCCCAUCACCACAAGUUACGAUUACGGUGCACCCCUCGACGAAACAGGCCGGACGAAUGAGAUCUACCAUGCGAUCCGAGAGACUAUUGGCGCGAUCAUCGGAGAAGACAAGCUCCCUGCUCUUCCAGCAGAACAGCCAUUGAUUGAAAUACCGUCUGUUAAACUUACCCCGUCUGUGGACAUUUUUGAUUCCCUCCCCAAACCCAUCGAGAAGGAAUUCCCAGUCAAUAUGGAAGCGGUUGGCCAGGCGACUGGACUAAUUCUCUACCGACACGUUACGACAACCCCCGUCAGUGGCACAAUCAAGACUGGCGAUAGACCCCGUGAUCGGGUCCUCGUGUACGUGAACAAGAGUCGAGUCGGUGUGAUCGAUGGCACGUAUGCUUCACCGAGCACCGUCAACGUGGAUCUGAAAGAAGGCGAUGUGCUCGACAUCCUAGUCGAGAACCUGGGACGCGUUAACUAUGGACCUGAGAUCGUGGACCAGCGUAAGGGAAUUGUGGGCAACGUCACCGUUGGCGAAAGUGUGCUUUCCAAGUGGGCGAUAUAUCCCUUGCCCUUGUCCUCGCCGCCCGACUCCACCGACAGCAAAACGCCCCUGAAGCCCUCCGCUACUUCAGGCCCUAUCUUCUUCACUGGCUCAUUCGAUUUAGAUAAGGUUGGUGAUACGUUCCUCGAGCUACCUGGUUGGACAAAGGGCGUGGUUUGGGUCAAUGGAGUCAAUUUGGGACGUUAUUGGGUUGUGGGACCGCAGCAGUCGCUUUACCUUCCUUGGUGCUAUCUUCGCGAAAGUGACAACAAGAUCACUGUUCUUGCACUUGAACCUACGGGGACUGAUAGCUCUGUCCGUGGAGUCACCUCGCGUAGCUGGGGUAAUAACCCUGAUCCUGAUGCUCCGUGA